AGUCAGACGUCGAAUGGUUAAAGGCCAGGAGCUGCCAUACAGAACACAGCCAGAAUUUCGUAACAUAGUUUUCCAAAUUUUACUCAAUAAUCCAAAAUAUAAAAAAUUUCUCGAAUAGAAACCUUAGAGAAAGCUAGAAGUGAGCCAAGUAAUAGGCAAUAGCUAGAAUCAGACAGACGUUCAACCCAGUAACCAAAUUGCUGUCAGGCCUAGUUUUAUUUCUCAUUUUAUUUUUUGGAUAUAUACAUUUUACACAAUGGAAGGAGUAGAGGAACCUCGUCCGGAGCCAGAGCAGACUACGCCCAAGCCGCCGCCGAAGCCGUCGGUCAAGCGACAUAAGACCAAGUCUUUGAAGAAAGUCAGGGAUCCCGAGGCGGAGAUGGAGCAAGCUCAUCGUUUGGCUCAUCUGUCCCGGGCCCCGGGUAAGUGUCCCCUGGGCACAUGCGAUCAGAUGGUCUUCCCGUCUAGCCUGCUGGUCCAUUUGCUGCACAAACACUCGCGGGAUCCGCGCUGCACAGUGGCCACCGCAUACGAUAAUCGACCAUUGCGACUGUCUGUCGAUCCACGCAGCUUAACACCCGGAGUGCCCCAAUGCCUGGCUAUCCUACUCUAUGCCGGAGCCGAUGGGAUACGGUUAAGCGAGCCAGGCAGACGCCUGAUAAGUUUCCCCAAUGCCGGACUACUGAAUGAUCGCCGCCCUUUAGAGUAUCACUUGCCCAUGGUCCUGAUGAUAUGCAAGACCACGUUCUACGCCCUGCUGGCGGACAAGGAGCUGGAGAAUGAUCUGGCUGCUUUAAAUCCCACCACAUCGGGUCUGUAUGUCAUAUGGGUUGUGUCACCGAUUACCACGCAUCGCAUCCACUAUACGCUGACGGCCUUCGAUCGUUACUAUAUGCAGUCACGUAGCGUGAUCCGCAAGGUUCGAAACUAUACUCACUCUCAGAAUCCGAGUGAAUUUCUACCCAGCGAAACCGACUACCUGCUGCUCCGCGAAUCCGAGGCCAUGACGAUGCUGAACGGCAGGCACUACCUCGGAUGUCGUCCUUGCUUAGAUAGCCAGCUGCUCAUGGAUAUGGGCGCCCAGUCGCCCGGCAUCCAGCUGGAGCUCAUUGUUCACGAAAAUCUCAAAAAGACUGCCAUGGAGGAGCGCACUUCCAGUCAGCUGUUCGAUACUUAUAGUGGUCCGUGCACCAAUAUGCCGCGCAGUAAGUACCAACUGUUCCGGGGAGCAAACGGCAAGCUGUCCCUGGGCCGGAAGCCCCUACCCGCGGACAAGGACAGGUCCAGGGAUUCGGCCCAGAGGACCGGCAAGCACGAGGCGCAGUGCACCGCGAAGUGGACCAAUGAGGGCGGCGACGAACGCAUCGUGAUUACUGGGACCAUUGCGAAGACUCGACAUUCCAAAAAGCGUAAAGACCGAAACAAGGGCGGCGUGGAGAAGUCCGCGAAAAAGAGCCACGAGGACGCCAUCCCGGCAAAGUCGAAUCGCACAUUCGCUAUUAAAGGUAGGGGCCCCAAGAGCUGCAACGCCCUCUUCAGGGACUUGCCUGUGAUAGAUCCCAAGCCCAGUGAGGAUAGCGAGUUUCUGGCCAGCCUCAGGAAUGACUCGCUAACAGGCUCCAUUGACUUGACUCCGCUAGAUCCCAAGCCCAGCGAGGAUAGCAAGUUUCUGGCCAACUCCAGAAUUGACCCGCUAACAGGCUCCAGUGACUUAUCUUUAAAGGCCUGCAAAGGGAGCUCUGACCUCGACACCAACGAUAGCUAUAAGAAGAACUCCGAGGAAGGAUAUCAAGUCAAAUGCCUGGAGGGUUUAUUCAAGGGCUCGGGCUUACAGGUCCCUGAGGAAAGUGAUUCUAAAAAUCAGUCGGGCUACAAGAAUAGCUCCGAGGAAAGUCUGCCGGAGAAGUAUUCACGGAGGCGCCAGGUACUAAUGAAAAACAGAUCCGGGACUGUGCUUAGCUCCCUGCUGAAAUCUUCGGCCGGCUCGAAGAACUAUUCCGCGUUCCCGGCGCCGGUCCCGGUGCCGGUCCAGUUCAGCGAUCCCAAACUGAUGGUAGUGCCGUCCCUUCUCAUUCCCCACAACGAGGAGACCAAGAAGAACAGCCAGCAGAGCAAGAAAUCGGAAAGUUCCGAGGAAAGCCUUCCCGACAAGUAUACACGCUUCUAUCAAAAGAAUUUGAAGCCGAGGUCUUAUCCCCAGGAGCUCAAGGCCAACAACCAGUGCCCCUCCAAAGACGAGAUACACACAAUGUCCAACGACGAUAUGAUUAGGAUUCGUCGUCCCAAUCGGUCUAGUCGUCAACUGGAUGAUAUAUUCCUUCAAAAAGAACGCGAAUGGGAGUCGGCAGGACUGAAGGGUGCUGGCUUCCACAUCGAACCCGUCCGUAGUCCUCAAUCCUUGAGUCAGGAGGUAAUCGAAAGCCAGAACGCAACCGCAAUGGGGAGUGCCAUCAAGCCAGUGUCAUGUCCGUUGGCGAUGGUACGUGAAGCGGCCAUGAGAAGCGUUAAAGAUUCCCUUCUGAUGCCAGCCAAGGAGACUAUCUUACUGGACGUGGAUUUACCUUCAUUCUCGAGCUCUGAAUCAGAAAAUGCAGAAUCUGAGGUGGAUAUCAAACCGGAAACUGAUCCGGCAAUCGCCGAACCGGAAGAAGAGAAGCCAACAGCUUCUGACACCAAUCUGCCCAUCAUCACCGGACUCGUCCUAACCCUAGAGGAGACAUCUGGAUCCGACUGGGAACAACCAUAAAGAAGCCAUAACGCAUUCACCUCUGGAAGCGCCGCCCAUUCGUCAAGGUUAUUGUUAAAUUCUCUGUGAAAUUCGAUCUACAUUCGCCCACUUUUUCACCGAAAACCGCUCCAAUCAAAAUCCUCAAGAUCAUUGUCACGCGUCGAGUGUCAAAGGGCAAUCCUGCUAUUCCAAUUUAAUCACCAGACAAAAUUUUAAUUUUCGAUUUGUAGAACUCACUUUAACCGUAUAUGACCCUUAAGCAGGUAGCAUGCCAGUCAAGAUUUUAUGAAAUCAUUAAAAGUGUUUGCUGAAA